AUGCAGAAGAACUUACCUCAACUGCAAGACCUACCCGAUAUUGGACCAUUGAACAAAAACGGCGCUGCAGCUGCUUCACCAGCACCAAGCCAGCAAAUUUACCUCCAACAGCCCAAACAAGACGCCCAAAUUAACUACGAUCCCUUCAAAGAGCAACAAAACACCUACCAACAGCAGCAACCGCAGCAGAUUUUGCUGCCGCAGCAACAGCACCAGAUCGUCCUGCAACACGUCCCGCAGCCCGUACAAAAAUUGAUCUUUCCACAGCCUAAUGUCUAUUCUUCGUUCGAGGUCAAUCAGCAGCCCAAGCAGUUGCUUCUGCAGCAACCUGACCUCGCUAUUUUGGACCGGCAGCAGGUCAAAACCGAACAGGAGCAAACCAAGUUGGUUUUUCCACAGCCUACUGUUGCUCCGUUGCACCAGCAGUUGCUUCUGCAGCAACCCGAUAUCCAGCAGGAGCGAAAAUUGCCGGACUGCGAUCAUCAGCAAUUCGGCUUGAGGCUCAAUGGUCGUAGACCGAAUAAACUAAUCGACACCACACAAAACUUGGUCACAGGUCAAGAUGUAUUGGAUAUCAAUAAUUCUGUGUCCAAUUACCAAGUAACUGUUACUACUGCAGGUAGUACUAUUACUGAUUUUCAAGGGACGGAAUCCACGGAACCUAGCUUGGGUACCCAACCCAUAAUUGCGGCCGAAAUCGAUGAAAACAAAGUACAUUAUUCGUCUACUGAACAAUAUACUGAUGAGCAAAUUGUGUCCAGUACUCCUGGUACCAUCCAAUCCGCCGAACCCACGCCCACUAUUGUGGUGACCCCCAGACCUUCUGAUACCACUUACUUGGACUCCACCGUUGUUACUGAACAAUUAGAUAAUUUGAACAAACAGAACGUGCAAGUUGAACUGCAGAAAACGGUACCGUAUUAUUUGGGCAAGUACGAGUACCCGAUCUCUCAGGAACAACAGAACAACGGUACCGUCAUUGAACAAAAAAUCAACGAGGAUAUAGAGCUGGGAAAGACGCUGCUGUACUUCCCCGGACAGCAACUUCCCCAUCAAGCUGUCCAAAACAAUUUCCUGCAAGCCGAUCAAGGGUACCAUUACCCGCCACCCAAGGAAUCGCUCUAUAAGGAAGUACCCCAACAAGUCUACCAACACCAAAUCUACCACAACCAAGUAUCCCAUAAGGAAUUACCUAAUCAAGGUUAUCCGAUCAAGGUACCCUAUCCGGUGAUCAAGCAGUUAGCGGUACCGGUAACGGUGGAAAAAGUUAUCGAAAAACCGGUUCACAUCACGGAAAUAGUGGAGAAACCUGUACCGGUACCACAACCGUACCCCGUGGAGAAAAUCGUCGAGAAACCCGUACAUGUACCGGUUCAAGUGACCAAGUACGUUGACAGGCCGUACCCAGUGCAGGUUCAGGUACCGGUACCACAACCGUACCCGGUACACGUCGACAGGAUCGUCGAGAAAAAGGUACACGUACCGCAGUACAUCGACCGGCCCUAUCCGGUGCAAGUUCAAGUACCCUACGCGGUACCGGUCGAUAGAAUAGUCGAAAAAAAGGUACCGAUCGAUAGGAUAAUCGAAAAAAAGGUACCGGUACCGUAUCCCGUGAAAGUAGAGGUACCCGUACCGCAACCUUAUUACAUUAAAGUGGAAGUACCGAGGCCGUACCACGUGCAAUUGCCUACUAAAUAUAUAGAAAAGCCUUAUUAUACAUUAGGGGUGGUUAAGUACCAGGGUACCAAUUACGGAAACAUCGGUACCCACUACCAGCAAGCCAAUUACGCGGAUGUAAUUCAAAAUAUCCAGCAAGGGUACCAACACAUUAACUACCAAGAAAAACAACCUUAUCUAAUCGCUUCUAAUGAUGGUACCAAUAAGGGUACCGCCGACGAGCAAGGGUACCAUUACCCUAAUCCAUAUUCGUACGCUCCUCAAAGCAAUGGUUAUUUACCCCCGAAGGAGGAACCCGCUUUGAACAAGGGGUACUUGCCCCCGGGCGGGAGGAACUGCGACGACGGGUACCACCAGGGGCUGUUGCCGCCGAAAUCGGACAAUCCGGUGAAAAUUUUGGGGAAAUUCCGGACGGCCCGGUCGAAUUUCAACGAGAAAACCGUGAAAAUGGAGUACGGGUUCCGGCCGCCGAUGGUACCGUCUUUGGAAAUCGACGAAUUCGGCCGGCCCGUCGAGAAAUAA